CACCGGAGAGGACCCAUAAGUGCAGCGAGUGCGGGAAGAGCUUCACUUACCGGGCGGAGAACGUCAAGCACCAAGGGACGCAGACGGGGGAGAAACCCUACACCUGUCCCGAAUGCGGGAAGAGCUUUGGGCAGAAUUCGGCCUUGGUGAAGCAUCGCCGGAUGCAUACGGGAGAAAAGCCCUACAAGUGCGGGGAUUGCGGGAAGAGCUUCAGCGUCCGCUCCAACCUCAUCAAACACCAACGGACCCACCUUGGCGAGAAGCCCUACAAGUGCCCCGAUUGCGGGAAGGGUUUCAUCCAGAAGUCGGACCUGACCAUCCAUCGCCGGAUGCACACCGGGGAGAAACCUUACCGUUGCGGUGAGUGCGGUAAAUGCUUCAGCGUCUCCUCCAACCUC